AUGGUUGAAGUUUUUUUCGCUCCCGGUGUAACCAGACAAAUGAUGAUUGAUUGGAUGCAUAUCAAUCAUCCAAUGACUACGGUGAGACCAAGAAUCGGUAUAGACAAACUUUCGGACAUGGUGCGAGGGGAGCAGCCUGAGUUCUUUCCAAAGCUGACUAGUCAUGUGCCUGCUUUAGCGACACUUGGUACUGCAAGCAAACCCAAGGCUGAGACAUCGAAACAUGGAAACAUCACUCAAUCACACACCACAAACACGAAGCAGACCGCUCUUGCUCCAAUUGAAACCCGUGCAGUCGCUUUAGACACCGGAAGUGAAAAUGGACCAAGUGUGAAGCAGGUCAAAACAGGAGAAUCUAAGGUAUCUUUAGAAUCCAAGGUUUCACGUGUGCGUAAGAGCAGUACCACACAUAAAAAGAAAUACUCAAUGCUUCGAGUUCUCCUCUCGAAUACUUCACAGAUUACUUUGAAGCCUUCUGAAAUAGACCAAGGUCCAUCUGACGCGACUCAAAAUGAAAUCAGCAAAACUAAAGCGGUCAAGUUUGAAGAAUCAGAAAAUACAUUGAUCACAGUGUCAAAUUUGGAACCUGCGAUGUCAAGUGCUGCUACAAGUGGCACCAUGAAAAUCAAACACAAAAUUUGUAUCCCACCUAAGCCUGAACUCACCAGGACCAAUGAGGUCAUGGACCUCAUCGACUUUUCAGACACAGAUGUUUUGGACACUGGGAAUCUAGUGAUAGGUAAGGAUAUCCCACCAAUCUCUUUUGACACAUCAACAGAGACCUCAACUGCAGUCAAAGGCAUCAAAAAGUCCGGAGUCGAAGUAUUUCUAGAGGAGAGAAGCCGUGAAGAACGCAUCUGUGCGCUCGAAAGCUCUAAAGCGCAGAUGGCAGAGAAGGCUGAAAUGAAUUCAAUGACCCUAUUUCAACACACCAUGCGACUGGAGCAAAUUGAUCAUUCGGUUUCCCACCUCAAAACCAAUGUAAAUCGGCUUGAUGGAGAGAUUUCUGCCGUUUCUACCCUGGAAGCCAAGCUUGAGGCUUUACAGAACCAAGUGCUUGAUUUGCGUCAACAAUUGGAUAUCGCAAGAGAUGAUAUCUCCACGCACGAGGAUGUAAUUGCCCGCAUGAUGGAGCAGGAUGAAACAGAAGGCAGCUCUGACGCCUAG